AAACCAAUGGGCUCACUGAUCCCAUUGGACGGUGGACAUUGCAUUUUAACUAUAAAUGGAUCCAAUGGGCUCAUUUAUGAGAUUGUGGGUUAGCUUUAGUUGACUGCCACGCCUAUCAGUAGUUCAAUCACUGUAACGAACACCAGCUCUUGUUCCUGUUCCUUGCCCAUCGUCAAACAAUCUGAUAUAUUUUCUGUUGCACAAGAAAAUAUUAAAACAAUAAAAUAAAAUAAAUAAUCCAAGUCAACGAGCCUGCUUUGGGUUUGUACCGCUUAUCUAAAUUACGCCUUCAACCUGCUCGAUAAAAUUCCCCAACCACACUUAUCUUACUCUUUUCUUUUCUUUUCUUUUCUUUUCUUUUGAUGUGUUUUCUUGAAAAGUAAUUUAUUGAAGUGUGCAGCAAAAAGAAAAGGAAAAUGGCAGAGAUAACUAUGGGUGUUCUUAUAGAUGUUGUGGACGAGGAGUGGAUGAGAGACACUUUGCCUGAUGAUGAUCUCCCACUACCACCUGUGCUGGUUGUUCGCACUGAUGAUGCAGAAGACUCAAAUCAGGAGACUCAACAAGUUGAUGGAGAUACUUGGCGUGACCUUGCAUUAGGCAAUCAGUGAACCAUUCCGGCAUCAGGAGAGUUGCUGCUCUGUUGUGGGUUUUCUUAUGGUUACUUUUUUAAUCUUAUGGAACUGAAUAUCAGACUUGUACUUACCGAGUAAUUGAGUUGAAGGGGCCUGUUUCGUGUAUUGAGCCCACGAACAGAAGCUCUUUGCUUCAAUUGACUUAUUGACCCUGCAAUCGAACUUUGAAUGUGUGAAUUUUCAUAAUCGGGUGUAUCCAUUUAUAUUUGUACUUAUGAAUGACAGUUCAUAUGAAUGUUCCUGAA